AUGGUCACAACGUCAUGUGGCGCAGUAUAUGCUGUCGAGUGCAGCUCUGACCGCUUCGGCAAUGACCUUGAAAACGGUCUCGUGUAUACCGACACUUACGAGCAAUGUCUCCAAGCCUGUGAUAACACUACUGGCUGUGUCAAUGUUUCCUGGGUCAUUGGCAAGCCUGGUGCUUGCUACAUGAAGGGCAGCAUCGGUGACGUCCGCGUUAACUCGAACAUCAUUGGAGGACGCAAGCUUUCCGGCUGCUCCACCUUCAAGCUCCACCGCAAGCGCGUCGCGUUUGCCGCUCCCAAGGUGAAGCUGAACAAGCGUGCCGCGGUCGAUGACUCCAAGGCGAAGUUGGAGAAGCGUGCUGGCUUCUUCGGUCCUGACUUCACAUUCACUCAGGCUCAAGUCACUGCGACUUCGACUGCCACUGCCAGGACUACCGUUACCACGUAA